GGUGGUGGAUUCGCUGCGGUGACUCACUGAGGACAUGCUGGGAGUCGGACUGAGCAGACUGGGACACGGGCUGGGACAGGUCAGGGCGUACUGUGCCAUGGCUUCUGCAGGGAAAGGACUCAUCUUCAGACAGUUGUUUGAACCCGUCAGUUGUACAUACACUUAUCUUCUUGCCGAUGAAAAGACUAAAGAGGCCGUUCUGAUUGAUCCAGUGCUGGAAACGGCUGAGCGAGAUGCCAGGCUAAUCAAAGAUCUAGGUCUGAAAAUGAUCUAUGCAGCUAAUACGCAUUGUCAUGCUGAUCACAUCACGGGGACCGGGGUUCUGAAGAAGCUGCUCCCAGGGAGUAAAAGCGUUAUUUCUAAGCACAGUGGGGCUAAAGCGGACAUCCAGAUCGAGGCGGGCGACGAAAUCAAGUUUGGGAAUUUUGCUCUGGAAGCCCGGUCCACCCCUGGGCACACAGACGGCUGCCUCACUUACGUGUUGAAUGAUAAGAGUAUGGCUUUCACCGGAGACGCGCUGCUGAUUAGAGGCUGCGGACGCACCGAUUUCCAGCAAGGCUGCCCCAGUAGGCUGUACCAUUCUGUGCACACCCAGAUCUUCUCCCUGCCUAGCGAGUGCCUUCUCUACCCUGCUCAUGACUAUACAGGUCAAACUGUGACAACUGUGGAGGAGGAGAAGAAACACAACCCCAGACUGACCAAGAGUGAGGCAGAGUUUGUGAAUAUUAUGAAUAAUCUGAAUUUGAAGAAGCCUGCUCAGAUAGAUAUUGCUGUGCCAGCCAACUUGAAAUGUGGCAUUCAGGACUAGUAAUGACGUCACUACUUCAAGGAUGACCUCACUGAAAUUCUGUCUGUUAAAUCCAUUCCUUUGGCCUUCUGACGCAUCUUGAAAAUAUGAAGCAUUUGUAAUUGUUUC